UUAGUUUAAACAUUACAAUAACCGUGUUUAAGAUACGAACAUCAGAAAAUUACAGAAUCUGUCAACAUGAAGCACCAACAGUGUUAUGCGGUUAAAUCCCUAACUACUGCAACACCAAGGGCCAAAGCAUUCUCGAAAACAAACACAAUGAUCUGUUGGCGUUAUCGCAUGUUCUGUCUAAAGGUAUCAACAAUUUAAACUUAAACUCUGCCAGAAAUUAGAACUUCUCAUGCCAUUUCAGUUAUCAGAAAGGACUCGUACCAUUUCGCCUUCAUACUGAUUCGCACUAGUUUACCAUGUGUUGUCUUCGUCUGCUCAAAAAAUUAUAAUAAGUAGGCCUAAAUCUAAAAUCCAUUACAGCCAAGCUUCACCUUAAUGCCUUAUGUCGUUGUCGUAAUCACCACGAAAGCCAUCGCCUCUCUGGUGUCUACCCUGUUGGUACGAUGAAACGUCAAACCAUAAUAAAAGAGAAUUCUUAUUCAUUACGAAGCAUCUUUCUAGCUAUUUGUAACUGAGUUAAGAUGGAAUUCGGGGUCGCGACCUUAUGUGCGAGAGGUAAGCAAGAUGGCUUGCAAAAAUGUGAUAAAGGUGCACGACAAGAAAAAAGAAAAAACCAACGCUGCACAAAGGGCCAUAUCAGCCGUCAAUCAAUAAAGCGAUAGACUAGACAGCGCACCCAAACUACCUGAAACGAUAAAAAAGAGGUGAACUAACAACACACAAAUUUCGUCAACGGUGUGAAGCGCAGUUAUCGGAAUAAAAGCUACACUUGCAGUGGAGUUACAAAUACUAUAACUGACACUAAGAACCAGGAAACGUGAAGAGAUGCGUUGUGCUAUUCUACUUUUUCUUCUAGUAUCGGUGGGUUUUGGUGCCACUCUGACAGAAGGCAAAAUCCAGCCAAAACAUGUGCUUGAAAAAGCGCUGCACCAGGCUAGAAAUCCUAUCGACGAUAUCAUCCGAGACGUCCUGGAGAUCGUUCGCCAGUUGAUGCUUAAUGGCACUGAAAAUAUACCGCCAUUAGAUCCGUUCUUUAUUGAGUACCUUCUGGUGAAUUUCACGUCGGCAGAUGCCGAUUUGCUGUUACAGGUUGACAACACAUUGGUAACCCACUUGGCUGAAUUUGUCGUCGAAUCAGUUCAAACCAACAUGGUGCGGCUGACAAUGGAGCUCCAAUUAAGCUUACCCGAGUUCAAUAUCGACGGUCAUUACGCAAUGGAUGGAAUGUUGCUGAAUCUAUUCCCACUCUACGGCGCUGGAAAUUACUUCGUACACGUUUCUAAUGUGAGUCUCGGAGGUGGUGCUGGUUUGAGCAUGGGAGUCCCUCCGCAGAUUCGUGACUUGCACCUGGAUUUUACCUUCCAAUCCCUCGAAGUCAAUUUUGAAAAUCUCUUGGGUGGUGGCUCUUUAGAAGAGCUAAUCGAAACUGUCAUCAACGAACUAGCUAAAGAGGUGGUAGAUGCUGUAUGGGCCAUCAUCAACGAACCUUUCUGUCAGCUGAUAGAAGAACAAAUCAACCAAGCUCUGGCAAAUAUGGGAGGUGAACGUUCCGAGGCAUACGCUAUGGCACUAAUACCUGAAACAAAGGAAGUCGGCAAUGCCAAUGCUUACCUGGACGAGGUGUUGGCGGAGUUGCGACAGGUGCUCUACCAAACGCCAGGCAUUGAUCCCAAGACCCUUCCAGAUGCGUACACUGAAAUCUCUGGAGGACAUGCCGCUAUCUACAAUGGAUGGUUAAUAGGACUGUCCAGCAUUCACAGAAGCGCUGAUGCCACCCUGGACUAUGGUGGACGUUACAUCACGUUCAACGGAAGCGCUGGAUAUUCCAAUAUGCAGGCUGGUUAUAAAGUCCAAGUCGAGGUGUGGGGGACCGGUGUAAAUGCUGAAGCCUUUGCGUUAAUCCGGAGUCUGGACUUUUUCUUUUCUUUCAAAAUCGACGUUCUGUCUGGAGAAGUAACAGUGAACGAUUUUAACAUCUACAACAUCGGACAAAUCGACAUUGAAAUUAAUGGAUUGGCUCCGUUUGAUUGGGCAUUCGAAGCUAUCGCCGAGCUGAUCAUUAAGAACGAUUAAAGACGAUCUAGCCGAAACCAUAUCAACUGUCAUCUUAGAAUUACUCCGACAAGCGGUUGAGAGCAACCCCCCACCGCCUCCACCAGCUUGCCUUGAUUUCCCAAAUUGUCUUCUAAAAUGCACGCUGUUAUACUUUUAACGAUUGAUGAAUGUCACGUAAAACGUGCGACCCUAUAACAAUAUAAGCAGAUUUUAAAAAUGUC